AAAUCCUCUGUGUUGUACAUCACAAGGAGCGCUGAAAAGUCAUUUGUAUGAUUACGAUUGAAAAACAUUGGUCGCAUUAUUUAUUCUUUUGGUUGAUUGUUGUUUUUGCGCUUGCAUUCGAUUUGCGAUAAAUAAAUAAUCAGUUGAACUGUAUACAAGCGUAUAUAUUCGACGAACAAAACCAUUCCAAGAUGCACAUUAAAUGAAAAUGUAUUCAAUCUGUCUUCGUGAUAAUUCAUGAUCACCAUGAUGUAGGUACAUAAAACAUCUUAAGUUCAAUUUGUAGCAACAUUCGAUUAAAUUCAAUGGGCCAGUUAAGUUACAGUACAGAAACAAUUCACAGAGAUUGAAUGUUUUGAGUCGUGCAAUAUUUGUUGAUAGAAUAUAUUCGAGACAAAUUGAGCGUUUGUUUAAUGUAAUUUUUAUUAUGCGGACAAAUGUAGAGAAAACGCACACAAUAUGAUUGAAAUGAUGAAAUGUUUCACUUAUCUUUACAUUUUCUGAUUCUCCUCGUAAUCAAAGUGAUAACGCAAAAAUAAACAAAAGAAAUAGCUCUUUUGCUGUUGUUGACAGUUGUGUAUUGAAAACAUCUCUAAUAUGUUUUAUAUCUGUAUAAAAACGGUGAAAUUUUCAACAACUUAAAAACAAAUUGUAUUUCAUCUGUGCACCGAUACAUCGUAGCCAAAUCAAACAUUCAAUUUCACCAAAAGUAACCUCAAGUCUCAAAGUAGAAUAUAUUAAAGGCGAUCCGUGACGAUUGACAUUGCAAUGAAAACCAUGCAAAUUUGCAAAGAUGUCGAAUUUGGGAAAUAAUUCUGUUGGUCCAAUUGCCACGGCCAUAUUUACAAUCAAAAUGCAUAAUUUUAAAACUGCAAGUCUCAGAAAUCUUGUGAAAUGCAUUCGUAAAAAACUUAAAUUGAACAAAUCACCAAAAAACAAGGGAUAUGGGCAAUUUUUCAGUGAUGAAGAAAAGAGGUGGCUGGAUGAAUAUUCCGCUCGGCGCCAUUCCGAACUGUCCCCCAGGAUUGGAAUAUCUUACUACUAUUGAUCAACUUUUAGUCAAGCAAAAAGUUGAACUUCUUGAGGCAUUUACCGGUUUCGAAACGAAUAACAAGUUCACAAUAAAAAACAGUUUAGGUCAAAAGGUGUACUGGGCUGUCGAGGAAAAUGAUUGUUGCACCCGCAACUGCUGCGGUCCUGCUCGGCCAUUCGACAUGAAAAUCAUGGAUAUUUACAAAAAUCAAGUCAUUCAUUUGAAUCGUCCGUUAGCAUGCUCCAGCUGCUGGUUCCCCUGUUGUUUGCAAACGAUGGAGGUAUCAGCACCGCCCGGAAAUGUGAUCGGGCGCAUUGAACAGGAAUGGUCGCUAUGUUUUCCAUGCUUUGCUAUUAAAAAUCAGACUGGAGAGACAGUUCUUCGGAUAGAAGGUCCAUUGUGUACAUUCAGUUUGUGCGGAGAUGUUGAAUUCAAGAUCGUUACGAUGAAUGGUGAUGAAGUUGGUAAAAUUUCGAAGCAAUGGUCUGGUAUAGCACGUGAAAUGUUCACGGAUGCUGAUUUCUUUGGAAUCAAUUUCCCGAUGGAUUUGGACGUUCGGAUGAAAGCAGUUAUGCUUGGAGCAUGCUUUUUGAUUGAUGCAAUGUUCUUUGAAAAGGCAGGAAACCAAGAAAAUGAUCGUCCAGGAAUGUUUUAAAUGUCGGAUUCAUGAAAAACCAUUGAUUGAACAGAAAAUGCCAUUCAUUUUUCAUUCGCGAAAUGUUCUGAAAACAUCUUGAGCGAACAAAUUUUUAAACAUACUCUCUUUUUACAAAACAAAUCUAAAACAUGAGAUGGUAGAUGAAUUCAGUUCUACCAAUCAGCCGAGUUCGACCGAUGAAAAUAAUCCAUUACGACCCAAUCUAUUAUUGAAUUGAACAAUUUAAAUGCAUUUCAUUGUCGAAUAGUUUGGAAUAUUUUACCAAUUUUUCAAAUCAAAAACCGCAACAUCUAGCUCUGCCUUAGUUGCUAUCAUUGAAGAAUUCGCGAACAACACCUGCUUAUCUUCACAUUUUGAACAAUUGUAGAGCGCCAUCCAUAAUUGACGGCAAAAUCAUCUGUAAAUAGCCGUAAGUGAUUUCGACAUAUUGUGAAAUGUUGCGAAAUCACACCAAUUAGUACUGAAUUUUGCCGUCAUUUAUGGACGGCGCUCUACAAUUUCACACUUCGUAUUUUGUAUGUAUUCAAUACAAGAUUAUAUGCGUGUGGCGAACAAGCAGCGAAUUCAGAAAAAACCCUACAAUAUUACUGUCGAUUCCGAUCAAUUCGGCUGACAGAAAGACCGCAAUGCUUUUCUCACUACUUUCUUCAUUUUUUUUCUCUUUAUAUACAAAUGCCCAAGAAAAGAGACUUCGACGCUGCCAAAGAGGUUCUAAAUGAUUAUUAAAACACCCUAGUAUGUCCUCGCAAUGACAACCAAAUAUGAUUCAAAUACUAACGCAGCAGAUCUAAAUAUUAGCUUUUGAUAUAAUGAAUGAAUAAUGUAUUUUUUCACAUAUAUAUUUUUUCAAAUGACCAAACCGAAUAUACAAUCGGUUUCAACCAUUUACAAAACGCGUACAAUAUUUCAACUUAAAAAAGUUUUCCUCAUAAACUCUAAUCGAAUAUAUUCAUUGAUAAAACUAUAUAUAUAUAAUACAUUUAAAUUAUAAUCUGCAGUUUUAAACGCCCUCAAAAUGCUAUUGUAAUUUAUACAAUAUUUUUGAAGUAGCUAGUGUCACACAUUUUGAACGUAUUGCAGAAUAAUUUUGUAAAUUUUCACAACAAAUAAAUAUGGAAAAAUAUUUCAAAAACCUGCAGAAUAUAUGGAUGUUAACACAAUUUUUUGAAGAUGCUUUCAGAUUGAAAACUAUCGAAAUUCAAGUCCCACAUUCACAGCAGCCAAAAGCCAAUUUUUAUUGUAAUUUUUUCGUAAUUUCAUUCAGUUGGCUUCAAUUUUAUAUGCGUCACAGAAAUAUCUGUUUCACAAAUGAAUGAACGUUCUUCUUUCACUGUAUGUACAUAUUGUCUAUUUCAACAGGGAAGUCGAAGAAACUAGCAAAUAGGUGUUAGCACUUAGUAGAACCCUUAGUACUUAGCACUUAGCCAAAACAUAGAAAACUUAGGCCCUGCCCGGUGACAUUUUAUACAAAACCAACCCAACCCAAAAAAAAAAGUUCUACGCACCCUACAUAAAAAAUGUCUGAGUGCUAAGUGCUUAGUGCUAUGUACUAUGUACCCAAAAAAAAUUCCAAUUGCUAAGUGGACUCAAUCCACUACAUUUUAACUGAUAUUAUUGCAAACAAGGAAAUUUUUGUCUAUUCAUUCAUUUUUACUUAGGAUUCGCAUUUUUUCAAGUAAAGAUAAUUUUUCCUAUUAAAAUAAAGACAAACAUUAAAUAAUUUUUCAUUGUUCUUUUCUACUUCAUUUAAACAGUGAAGAAAGUAUACAAAUUUAUUUAUACAGCACAAUUGCAAAAGAAGCAUCUCUCACAAAACGUAACAGUGAAAAAAACUUCUAUUUUGAAAGAUAUCUUCAUUUUCAUUGAUUUUUCAAAUACAUCCAGAAAACGCAACUUUUUACUAAUUGCAACUGGCUCCGUUGCUUAUGUAUAUGUAUAUCUUAGAGGUUACCUUCAAUGGCGAAUAUAUUUCAUUGUUUUUUAUAUAAAAAAUAUUUCCGACACUUCUAGAUUUAUAUCUAAUUUAAAGAGAAAAAAAACGUUUGCAUUACAAUUUUUGAAAUAUUUGUAAGGAAUUAAACGGUGAUCGGCAUUCCAAAUUCGAUGUCUCGUUGCUAUUAUACAUUCAGAGAUUAGUAUACGCCACCGCAAGCCUUGCACAAUGUUAACGACGUAUGACCAAAAUGAAUUUAUGUAAAUUCGAUCACCGAUCACGGUAUUUAAACAGUAAUUGAAAUGGUUAUUAUUAAAUCUAUUGAACGAAUCAAGUUUUUUUUUGUUUUUUUAAGCUAUUAUUGUUUUUGAAAUAAAAGUCUUAAGUUUUUGCACAAUUAUUCAA